UUCUUUUCCAAACUAUUACGAGGAGCGAGAGAAAAAUGUCACUAUGGUGGAUGUGGCGCACGCAUUCAGCGAAGAUAUCAAUGCACCACAGCAGCCGCACCAAAGUGGUGGAGACGCCGAUGUCACCGCUGACAUUCAGCUAGAAGAUGUGAAGCCCGGUCCUGAAACAAGGCCGAGCAAAAAUGUACCACGCAAAACAAAUAAGCGGUCACUGUGGUCAUACCUUCAUGGGGAGGUCCGACGGGGCUACCAGCUGGAAGAGCAGCGUUACGAGAAGCGCCGAGAGAAGUUCUACGCCUUCUUCCGAAUCCCUCGAGCACUGGAGAUCUUUGUGGGCUAUGGGUUUCUACAGUGUGCAGAUGCUUUCUUGUCAGUGCUGACGCUACUGCCCGUGCGCUUCACGCUGGCCGUGGGCCUGUUCGGAGCGCGGCUGGUGGGCCGGCGACGACUGCAGCCAGCCGAGUCAUGUGACCUGCUCAAGGGUCUUGUACUUCUGGGCACAUGGCUGCUGGUGUCCCAGGUGGACAUGUCCAUGCUGUACCACAUCGUCAAGAGCCAGUCCGUCAUCAAGCUGUACAUCUUCUUCAACAUGCUCGAGGUGGCAGACAAGCUGUUCUCAUCCUUUGGUCAGGACAUUCUGGACGCCCUGCUGUGGACGGCAGCAGAACCAGAGCAGCCACGGGCACGCCGCCGCUUGGUGCUGUUGGCACAAUUGGCCGUGGCCCUGGCCUAUGUUUUGCUUCACUGUGUGCUGGUGAUGCUUCAGGCAACAACUCUGAGUGUCGCAAUUAAUUCGCAAAACAAGGCCCUACUGACCAUCAUGAUGUCAAACAAUUUUGUGGAGCUCAAAGGCAUGGUAUUCAAGAAGUUCGCCAAGAACAACCUGUUCCAGAUGGCUUGCAGUGAUGUCCGCGAGCGGUUCCACUACGUGGUGCUCCUGUUGAUGGUGAUUGUGCAGACAAUGCGGGAGUACAGCUGGCGACAGGAGCAGCUCCUGAACCUGCUGGGAGACUGCGUGAAAGUGCUGGCUGCUGAAGUUCUGGUCGAUUGGGUCAAGCAUGCCUUUGUCACGCGCUUCAAUGCGAUAUCCUGGCAGGUCUACCAAGAGUAUCUGGCCAGCCUGGCUUAUGACCUGGCCAGUAGCAAACUACACACGGCACCCUCGGACCACGGGGAUCUGGUGUCGCGCCGGCUCGGCUUCACACCUUUGCCUUUGGCAGCCCUGGUGUUGCGAGUGAUGGCGUGUCCCCCUAGCUCAUUGAGACUAGCCAUUCUCGCAUAUCUGUGUCUGUGCAGCAUGAAGGUGCUGCUGAACCUGGUGAUCCUAGGCCUCGCCUGCUGCAUUGUCAAGAAGCACAGGCAGACUUUGCAAGAAGACUCCCCGGUGAAACAGCCACGAAGGCCCCAGUCUUCAGAAUAAACAUCCAUCAUCACACAUUGAGCGCGGCAUUUUUAUGUCAUCAUGCAGUGCCGAGGCAAUUUCAAGUUGGUCGAUGAGUACCCAUUAAAGAGAGUAUUGUUACACCUUCUGAA